UUUAUCUUGACUCACGGAAUAGUGGAACUAAAUGUGGUAAUGGCGAGUGCGUCUGUUCCGCAUAUUUGAUGUUGUGAUAAAGUUGGGCGUACGCGUCCGCCUUAUCAGUUGUGACAAAGUAUAUUGCUUCGAGUAUGUUCACUUGAUUUUCUUGUGCGCGCCUAGUUUUUAAGCGAGAAUAGUCGACGCUAACGAGAUUAGAGUGGUCAGUGCACUAUGUCGGUGAUUCAUUAUCGGAAUAUGGAAGAACGGGACUGAUAAUAGAAGAUAAUCGUAUUAUACGAGAAAAAUAUUUCGGGCUCGUACACCUUGCAAUACCUACGUUCUAUUUUGCAGUAAGUCACCACCAACACCGGAAACAUUUGGAAACGUAUGGUAUUGAUCGAUACGAGUAGGUGAAUGGAUAACGCGAUAAUAUGAAAUUGGAGCGAGCAUGAAGGUAACUGUGUGCUUCGACAACGUUAGAGUGGUGGUUCCGUGCGGGGAUGGAACCCUACUGGUCAAAGAUUUGAUGCACGAGGCUAUCCUGAGGUACAAAAAGGCCACAGGCAAAAAUGAUAAUGGACUAACUAUCAACAGCCUGUCCUCGCUGACUGGAGGCGGCCUGCUGGAUCCAGAUGAUAGGUUAUGCGAUGUGGCUGACGACAGAGAGCAGAUUGUUGCUCAUUUCGUGAGUACAGACACAACGCAUGCCGGUGGUGAUGGGGCCAGUUCUGUCGGCACCAACAGCCCCGACUUCUUUCAUUCGGAUGGCAAAGAGUUAUCUUAUGCGAUAGACACACAUUCCUCUAUACCUAGCAGUAGUAUUAAAAGAGAAAGCACUAAAAGAUUCUCUAUGCAUGCACUGUCCACUAGAGAACCAUGUUUAGCCACAUAUUCUGCUCAAUCCCUCCCCAGAGAGUCUCGUCGCAGAGAACCCCUGGGACAAGAUGCCAAAGCGUUGUUUGACUAUGCGAAUGCCAAUAUAGAUCUUGCAGAUCAGGGUGAAAUUCGAGAGAUCGUGAUAAAGAACGAGGCAGGUCCAUUGGGACUUCACGUGGUGCCAUGUUAUGAUCUUCUGGGCAACGAUCAAGGGCUCAGGGUGGAAGGUAUCGAGCCUAAUGGCAGAAUUGCCAGAGAUGGACAGAUUGAUUUGCACGAUAAGAUCAUCAAGAUAAAUGGUCAUAAUUUACUGCAUAUACCGUUUUCCAAAGUGCAAGAGAUUUUUCGAACAUGCAUGACCGAGCCCUGUCUUAAGAUAUCCGUGGUGAAGCACAAACAGCUACGCAGUCACAGCGAUAAAUCAUUGCACAAGAGUCAUGGCAAUAACAGCGGAGGGUCGGAGAAAGCAGAAACGGACGACAACGUGAAAAAAAUUCAAUGCAGCAAUUAUAAUUUACUACAAACUGCGAACACGCGGAAAAUCGGUCGCAUGAUCGAAAUAGAAUUAACAAAAGGCAGCAACGGGCUGGGGUUCAGCGUAACGACGCGCGACAACCCUGCGGGAGGACAUUGCCCUAUAUACAUUAAAAAUAUUCUACCAAAAGGUGCUGCAGUCGAAGACGGUAGAUUAAGGCCGGGCGACAGGCUGCUCGAAGUAAACAACAAAGAAAUGACCGGUAAAAGUCAGGCCGAGGUGGUCUCGCUCCUCAGAAGCAUUUCACCGGGAGGCAAGGUGAGAAUGGUGGUCUCUCGUCAGGAAGAAAUUUCCUCCAGUGCUCCAGACUCUCAUUCGAACGCGACAUCUACCAGCCAAACGACCGAGACCACGGACAAUUCGAAAUAUUGGAACACAUUGAACGUAUCGCCGAUAAAGAAGAACGCCGAGGUGCACGAAAAGAUCGGCAGCCGCAGCUACGAGAAGUGCGCCUUUAAACCCGUGAAAUCAUCGGAGGACAUCGUCCUGUCGCCCCGGAAAAAUCGUAUGAUUCUUACCUUGGACAUACCAGUGCACGAUUCAGAGAAGGCUGGUUUAGGCGUGAGCGUGAAAGGGAAAACGACGAACACGGAUGAGAACACCAACAUGGAUUUAGGUAUUUUCAUAAAGAGCGUGAUCCAUGGGGGCGCAGCUUCCCGGGAUGGUCGAUUAAGGACCAACGACCAGUUGCUCAACGUAAAUGGGGUGUCUCUGCUAGGGUUAUCGAAUUCCGACGCGAUGGAGACCCUCAGGAGGGCGAUGCUCAAUACGAAUAGUUCGGUAACAGGCGUAAUUACGCUGACCAUAGCCAGGAGGAUAUCCUCCUACGACGCGAAUGAGAAGAAUCUCCCGGAAAACCUGUCUUACCACUGUAAAUUAGAAUCGGCGAACAGCGUAUACAUAUCGGACAACACGAAGGCGACCGAGGGCAGGGUGAAGGAGAAGAACAACUUGAACUCGCAGUCGGACAUCUUAGACAAUGGGGGGCUGUUGUCCUGCGUAACCGCGUCUCCGUGGAACCCGGUCAUAGAUAGAUUAACGGAACAGUAUAAUAAAAAUAGUCUGAGAAACGAGAGCUACUGCAUCGCGACCAACAAAACGUGGAUAGAGCCGAUCAGCAACGUGAAGAAGAUCACGGUAGGAGGGCGCGAGGACCGCGCGGAACCAGUAUUGUUGGAGGACACCAACGACGCCCAGUGCAAUGACCCGAAGAGGAACGCGGACGACAAGGACAGCCAGUACUCCGGGGACCCGACGUACGACAGUCAGUUGUCGCUGGAGGAGUGCAGCUCGUCCUCCAACAAGUUCUCCAGGGACGCCCUCGGCAGGCAGAGUAUGUCGGAGAAGCGGCAUGCCGCCCUGGACGCAAAGAACACGGACACUUACAAGAGGAACAAGAAGCUGCGCGAAGGUCGCGACAGCAAGAGCCAGGACCAGGCGAGUCAAAAGUCAGCGAACCAAUCGGCCGAGUCCGAGGACCAGACGAGGCGACCCGGCAAGGAGAGCUUCGAGAAAAACAAAAGCAAGAGCGCCAAUGAAGGCGGCACCAGCGAUAGCAAUUUGAAACGGUACGAGAAGUCCGUGGAUCCGGCCCAGUCUGAGUACGUCUACACCAUCCCCGGGUGCAACAACAAGUUCACAUCGCCGAGGAAGCACUGGCUGGUGGACGACGUGCAGGGAGAGAUCACUGGUAGCAAUAACUAUAAGGACGAUCGCGAGGGUUUCCCCAAUAGUCGGGGGGACGUGAAACAGGCUUCUCUCAAUUCAGCUUUAGAUGAUCGAUACAAGCGUUCUAGAAAAAAAGGUGGCAUCCGGUCGAUGCUCCGGUUAGGAAAGAAUAGGAAAUCGCUCAAUUUUGGCGACAGUAUAGACGCCCGGCACGAAUCCACAUUUCAGUUAGCACCGAACCAGCUGCUGUACCAGCAGAAACGUUUCCGGGGGAAAAUAAACCUGAAGAAGCCGAAAAUAUUUUUCAAGAACAAGGUGUUGAACGAGCUGCUCGCACCGUUUUUCGUUAACCCCAAGGCGGACGCAAACAUCCUUGAGCUAUGCGCCGCUGCUAUGGCCCCGAAGACAAACGAACUCGGGCCCCACGGUAAAAUCGUAGCCAAGGAGGCCCGCAAUUGGUUCGACAAGUCGAGAAUGGUCGCCUUCAUCCAUGUGAACAGCAUUACGAUGAUCGAUCGGUUCGACGUGUUGGUUGCAUUGCGAAAACAUAACAUGUAUUACAAAACUUACAACACCAAAUUAAUUCGGGCGGCCAUGGAGGACUCGCAUUGCAUGAAGAAGAUGGACCCGAUAAUCAGUGCACACACUGCGUAUAUAUUCAGCCCUGAAAUAAACGUGACUGCUUUGGAGAAGAUACUGAAGAAGUGCCCGCAAAUGUACUCACUGGGGGGAAUAUUGGAGGGCGAAGUGAUGAACCACGGCGACUUUCUGAAAUACGGGAAAAUGGACAUUACAACCGCGCAGUUGGGUCUGGUUCAAGUGUUACAGAAUGCGGGCGGCGUUCAACUAAAUCGGCAGCUCACGCAUCAUCAGACGACACUGGUGUCACGACUGAAACAGAUCGGUACAAACGAGUCAGCUCCGAACGAGAACGAGCAAUCGGUGCCUGUAUAAUUGCAGAAUUAUUUGUAUCAAUAAUUUAUUAUGCAUUUGUCAUUCACACGAAGCUUUAAGUAAAGUAUAAUGAUUCAUUUACCCCCGAGCCUUUAGGAUAGAACGCGCGGUCGAGUAAUGAAUUCGUUAGAAUUAAUCGAGGUAUCCGCAUCGGUAAUUUUCGAAAUGUUGCAUUUUCGUUAGAUUCUUCCACAAAGGACGGUUCCGCGAUAAGGUUGAGCAAGCGGCGUGUAACGUAUACGUGUAACUUAUCGGUAUCAGUAUUUUUUUCUUAUCGGUUAUCGAACCCGUCAUUAAACAGCCGUCAAAGGCAUCGCCACGCUUUGAUCGACAAUUUCAUUCGUAUACACGAGCACUUCGUUAGGGAGGUGUACAACAAAUUUGUUGUCGUCGGCAGUCGUUUCUUCGAUCGCGUGCAUUGUUAUUGUGCGUCGCCGCGGUAACUGUAUCUUUUGAUGGUUUCCCCUCAGUGACAGUAAUUGCAACGAGGAUGACACUUGACUCCAUUUUCCCCGCAUCUACAGCCUCCGGAUGUGUCCCCUUUUCCCUGCGAAUGCGAGAAAAGCGAUCAAUAAAGAAAUGAAACAAUCAACCAUCGGCGAAAUUUCUCCGUUUUUUCAGAACCGUGCAAGUUAGUCGAUUCGAAUCAUCUUCUACUAGGAUUUCUCAGCAAAGAGAUACCAAAAGUUUGAUAUACUUUAAAUUUGUUUCUUCGAGAGGAAACUAAUAAAGGGGCGCAAAGAACACCUUGUUCCUUUCGGUCAUUUUGACCAAGUUUGAAUUAUUAGUGUGACAUUUCGUUUAUUGCAAAGCUGCUGCUAGGAUUCUCGAUGAUUGUAUUAUAUUAGAUCACUUAAGAAAUAAUCCCGAAGAAAUUGUCGGUUUACAGUUUGCGUUAUUGAAGAUGACUUGUUGCUUCACGACGUAAAUUAAGAUUUAUGUAUGAAGCAUGGAUUUUUAGAAACAAGUUUUUAAGCAAGAAACAUAGAUUUUUAGAAACAUGUGUUCAAGCAUGAAGUCUAGAUUUUUCGAAACAUGUAUUCAAGCGUGAAGAAAUAUAGAUAUUUUAGAAA